UUAUUACUACCGAGCUAAGAUCAUACGAUACUUGGAGUCCAGUAAUGACCAAUUGUUUUAUGCCCCAUCGGUAAACCAAGAAAUUCCGAAAAUUACGUUUCAAAUUCAAAUAACUUUUAAUUCGGCCAGAUGUGAGAUGUUAUGUUCCUCGUUAUGACCGCUCUUUUCCACGUUGGGGGUCUUAUCGAGGGCGAGCUGUGCUGCCGAAUCAGACCUAAAAGUUCUUAACAGGAUGAUAAGGAUCGUGAUAGUACUUGCGGCUUGUAUCACACGAUUACCUCUAUUCAGAGCGGUAAAUGUGGCUAUUGAACACCUGUUCCUUAGUCAGUCUGCAGUGUACCACCAAACUAAGAGCUAGCUCCAUCCGAUAAUGAGUGACCCGAGCACAGAGUCAUGCUGCCUGAAUCUGAAGGCGGAGUUCCAGACCUCAAAGUUCUCGCUUUACCACGAAGACCCUGGCGUCUUCUGUCGAUCGCAAUGGCAGAAAGCAGAGCGGAAUUUAAUCUGGGUUCUGUAUCGAUGGGCUCUGGCUGCUUUCUUUGCCGCUGGAGUCACUGGCAGCAUGGUGCAGGAUUUCAAUGGAUUUCAAUUUAUUUAUCUCACGGAUUGGGGCUUUACACUGUGUCUGUUCACCUGUACUUACGGGGCUGUAAUCGCAACUAUUUACUACUUUAACCAAUCAUAUUUUGCGCCCGGACAUCGUGCUCUGCAAAUGUACUGGAUCUCACACAUGGAACUAUCCAUGUUGAUUACCACCGUCUUCUGGGCAGCCCUUUCAUCAACCAUGCCCGAAGUGGCAGGUGAGCUCUACAACUUGUGGUGCCAUGCAUUCAACUCGAUCUGCAUGGUCUUCGACUGCUUUGUGGUGGCUUAUCCUAACCGUCUCAUGCACUUUGUGUAUCCCUUAUGCGUUGUGCUUAUAUUCAUGGUGCACUCCUUGAUUUACUAUUGGGCCGGCGGAACUGACAUCGACGGAAAUCGCUUUAUCUACUUCGCCUUGGACUGGGCACGACCUGGUCUGGCGAUUGGAUUCGUUUGCGCGAGUUUGGCAUUGAUCUGUUGUUUUUCGCUCGUUGCCUUUGGAAUUUACAGGUUGCGGAUUUCAAUGUACAACUGUUGUAGCAAAAAGAAGGAGGAAGUACCGACCUCAAAAGCUACUCCCAAGGAAUCAUCUCCAACUGUUUAGGAUAAAUUCU